UACCCUGCCAAAACUGAUCAAUGUGCACCGUGUUCCAGUUAUAUUCUGUUUUCCGAAUCCAAAAGAUGUCCAGGUCCAGGUUCCAGUCGGAGUAAAAUCGCCUAUGUUGCGCUAGAGAGGUUGAAUAGAGACAAUGGGGAAUAGUGUGGGCAUAUCUCCCAUGCUCAUUUGUCUGCUCAUCUCAGUAACAAAGGCAGUUUUUCCGAACACUGAGAAUGCCAAAGAGUUUAAGAUGCAGCAUGCCACUAAAGACGAUGAGGCGUCCCCUCGUGGGCAUCUUGAGCCCCUCGGUUCGCACGGUCCUCCGACUGGCAAGCUUGAUAUUGUGGACAAUGUGCCUUCGCCGCCUGAGUUCUAUCAGAGAUACGUGAGACCGAGCAAGCCAGUUGUGUUAAAGGGUGCUGCAAGAAGUUUGCCAGCAUUUCAAUUAUGGACCGAUGAGUAUUUAAGGAAGGCGAAUGGUGCUUUAGAAGUAGAGGUGGAGGAGGGCAAGAAAGAAGACCGAAGUCUAAAUGUCUAUGUGAUGACACUCAAACAGUUUCUAGAUAAUUACCUGGAUGAAGAUCUCUACCUUGUGGAAUCUCUGAAACCCCAAUUACACGGUGACUUCGGCCUUCUGAGGUGCCUAUUGUGUGGUGGAUUCACACGUCUUCUUCAGGACACCAUCAUGUGGCUGAACAGCGGCGGUACAAAGUCCGUGCUGCACUACGAUGAUGUCGACAACAUCAACUGCGUCCUGGACGGUGACAAGAAAGUCUUACUUGUCGACAAAAAUGACGCUCACCACAUUGACAUGGAUCGCGCAGAGGGCGGUUAUAGCAAUGUUGAUGUUGACAUGGUGGACAUGUACAAGUAUCCAGGUCUUCAAGAUCUGCCAUAUUAUCUUGUAAAUCUGUCACGAGGGGAUUGCCUAUACUUGCCAGCAAGGUGGCCACAUCAUGUCAGGUCCGGUCACAGUCGUAGCCUGGCUGUCAACGUGUGGUUUGCACGAUUGCAGUGGUUUGAUGAAGAAGAUUGCCACAAGAGGGAGCUACCAGACUUUGAACCGCUGCAUAACUAUCGUUUCUCGUCCACAAACGAGCCACUGAGGUCCGAGAUUUUGGCAAAAGCAGUUGGUAUGAACGAGUUGAAUGAAGAAGACUUGUGGAACUGCUACUCUUCAUUCCUUGGCUCCAGAAACCAAUCGCAAAAGGUCUUUCGAUUUCUGGAUGCAGAUGGUGACGGCCUGGUAUCCUGGAGAGAGAUGUAUGCAAUCGAUGCAGACACAUUCGUGAAGCUCUUUCCGUGGCUCUUCAAACCAAAGACGAAUCUUGAGGGACAACCUCCACGGCCUGUUGACGAGCUCUGACACCCCAAAAUGCUUUCGGUUUCAGACCGUGUUGAGUCUGUAUUUUGUUCUCCAUUUUGAAUCAGUACAUUGGAAAUGUUGUUUAAUUACCUCCGCCCAACGGAGUUGGAGGAGAUUAUGUGAUCGCUCUUGUGUGUUAGUGUGUUCGUGCGAUCGA